AUGACUUGCUCCAGCAAAUAUAUCAGACAGUAUAUACUUGUGGCAGUGUUUCACAAUCCUUCUUCAAGGGAUGCUGGCCUCCUCCUUAGGCUCUGGAUCUGUGGAAGUGGCCCACAUCUCUCUCUGGGCUCCUAUUUUGACCCCGACGAUGCGGCUCUGCAUGGCGUGGGACACUUUCUUCAGGAAUUGGCCAAGGAAAAGUGCGAGGGCGCCCAGCGUCUCUUGAAAAUGCAAAACCGGUGCUGGAGCCACGCCCUUUUCCAAGAUGUGCGGAAGCCUUCUCAAGAUAAGUGGGGUGAAACCCAGGACACUGUGGAAGCCGCCAUUCUCAGGGAGAAGAACCUGAACCAGGCACUAUCGGAUCUGCGCGCCCUGGGUUCCACCCGCGCAGACUCCCACUAUGUUUUUUUUUAA